GGCAGAUGCGAUCCAGCGGCUCAGGGGGCGGCAGCGGCCGUAGCAGCUGGCACUUCCCGCCGCCGCGGUCCGGAGUGUCGCGGAGCACCGAGGCGCCUUCUGGCUGCCCUCUGGUCUCCUACCCCACGCCGCGGGCGCGGCCGAGGGGCGAGCAGAGGGCAGCGAAGCUUGGGGCUCUCCUGCCCUGAAUGCUUUUCCCUUGGCUGCUGCCGCCGGGGCCGCUCCGGUGCCUGCGAACUCCGCGCAGCCAAGGCGCAAGCGAGAGCGCGGGUGCUGCAAACUUGCUAGGCGGCGGCUGAGCCCCGCUCCGCAGCGGGGGCGCCGGGGCCAGCGCUUAACAAGUUCUGCGGGCAGCGCACGGCAAAGGCUUCCUGCGGCCGAGGGUCGCCUGGCCACGCGCUAGGAAGCAGCCCCCGCCCUCAACGUCGGCCAGUCUGCGCAGAGGAGCUCAGGGUCUGGGGCGCCGCCGGGAACGCAGGAGGCGGCCAGGACAGCGGCACCCUCUCGGAGCCGCUGUUCCCAGCCUGUGAAGUUGCGGACUGGAGGCCGCCCGAGAGCCGACCGACCCCGGCUCCGGCCGUGCGGGCAGCCUGGGACGGUACCCUUCGCCGCCAACUCAGCCGUCGGAGCUGCUGGAGCUCUGGGGCGCGGCGAGCAGGGGGCAUAGGGUCCCUGCUGUUGAGCCCCGCGUGCUUCGGAAUCUCUGAACUCGCCCCAGACGCCCAGCUGCGAUUCACCCAGGCCCCUGUUCGCCUGCUUGCAGUCGGGGGAAAGCAGGAGAAUCCCCAGAGGUCAGGUGGAAGGAGCCCUUCAGGACCUAGUACUGCGUGGGAAGAAGGGAAGGGCGAGCUGGGCCCUCGAGUGGGGGAGAGGAGCACUCAGCCCUCCGGCGGGAUGCGAGCCAUCGGGCUCCUGUGGCUGCUACCGCCGCUGCUCUCGGCGGCCGCUUCUAGCUCCGGGGCCGCGGUCGGCCAGCGCGCGGGCUCUCCGGCCGUGGGUCCACCUCUGCAGCCCCGGGAGCCGCUCAGCUACUCGCGCCUACAGAGGAAGAGCCUGGCGGUGGACUUCGUCGUGCCCUCGCUCUUCCGCGUCUACGCCCGAGACCUGCUGCUGCCGCCGCCGUCGCCUCCGCCGUCCCCCCCGGAGCCAAGGGCUGGCCAGGCGGAGGAGCACGGCUCGCUGGCCCUUGACUGCGCCCCGCUGCUCAGGCUGCUGGGACCGCCGCCUGGGGUGUCCUGGGCGCCCGCGUCCCCGACGCUGUCCAGGGUGCUGAAGGGCGGCUCUGUGCGCAAGCUCCGGCGCGCCAAGCAGCUGGUGCUGGAGCUGAGCGAGGAGGCGAUCCUGGAGGGCUGCCUGGGACCUCCCGAGGAGGCGGCCGCCGGGCUGCUCCAGUUCAACCUCAGCGAGCUGUUCAGCUGGUGGAUUCGCCACGGCGAGGGGCGGCUGAGAGUCCGUCUGAUGCCCGAGAAAAAGGCGUCGGAAGGGGGCCGAGAGGGAAGGCUGUCUGCGGCCAUCCGCGCCUCCCAGCCACGCCUUCUCUUCCAGAUCCUCGGCGCCGGUCCCAGCUCGUUGGAAUCACCAACAAACAGGCCUUCUCCUCCUCCUGACUAUUUCUCAUGGAAUCUGACCUGGAUAAUGAAAGAUUCCUUCCCUUUCCUGUCCCAUCGCAGCCGAUAUGGUCUGGAGUGCAGCUUCGACUUCCCCUGUGAGCUGGAGUAUUCGCCUCCACUGCACGACCUGAGGAACCAGAGCUGGUCGUGGCGCCGUGUCCCCUCUGAGGAGGCCUCCCAGAUGGACUUUCUGGAUGGACCCGAGGCAGAGCGCUCUAAGGAGAGGCCCAGAGGCUCUUUCCUCCUCCUCAACACCUCAGCAGACUCCAAACACACCAUCCUGAGCCCGUGGAUGAGGAGCAGCAGUGAGCACUGCACGCUGGCCGUCUCGGUGCACAGGCACCUGCAGCCCUCUGGGAGGUAUGUGGCCCAGCUGCUGCCCCACAACAAGACUGGAAGAGAGAUCCUCCUGGUGCCCACUCCAGGAAAGCAUGGGUGGACAGUGCUGCAGGGAAGAAUUGGGCGCCCAGAGAACCCAUUCCGAGUGGCCCUGGAAUACAUCUCCAGUGGGAACCGAAGCUUGUCUGCGGUGGACUUCUUUGCCCUGAAGAACUGCAGUGAAGGGACAUCCCCAGGCUCCAAGAUGGCCCUGCAGAGUUCCUUCACUUGUUGGAACGGGACAGUUCUCCAGCUUGGGCGGGCCUGCGACUUCCACCAGGACUGCGCCCAGGGAGAAGACGAGGGCCAGCUGUGCAGUAAACUCCCUGCUGGCUUUUACUGCAACUUCGAGGAUGGCUUGUGUGGCUGGACCCAAGGCGUACUCUCAUCCCGUGUGCCUCGGUGGCAGGUCAGGACCCUGAAGGAUGCCUGGUCCCAGGACCACCAAGGCCACGCCCUGCUGCUCAGCACCACCGACGCCCCCUCAUCUGAAAGCGCUACCAUGACCAGUGUUACGUUUCCCGCACCAAUGAAGAACUCUCCCUGUGAGCUCCGAAUGGCCUGGCUCAUCCGUGGAGUCUUGAGGGGAAACGUGUCCUUGGUGCUGGUGGAGAAUAAGACUGGGAGGGAACAAAGCAGGAUCCUCUGGCACGGUGCUCCCGGUGAUGGCCUGAGCCUGUGGCAGUGGGCAGUGUUGCCGCUCCUCGACGUGUCUGACAGGUUCUGGCUCCAGAUGGUCGCGUGGUGGGAACAAGGAUCCAGAGCCACGGUGGCCUUCGACAACAUCUCCAUCAGCCUGGACUGCUACCUCACCAUCAGUGGAGAGGACAAAACUCUACAGAGCACGGAACCCAGAUCAAGAAAUCUGUUUGAUGGUAGCCCAAACAAGGAGUCGAAACCCAGGGAGGCCACACCAAGGACCCCCACCUUUGACCCUACAGUUCACUGGCUGUUCACGACGUGCGGGGCCAGCGGGCCCCAUGGCCCCACGCAGGCCCAGUGCAACAACGCCUACCAGAACUCCAACCAGAGCGUGGUGGUGGGGAGCGAAGGCCCCCUGAAGGGCAUCCAGAUCUGGACAGUGCCAGCCACCGACACCUACAGCAUCUCGGGCUAUGGAGCCGCUGGCGGGAAAGGCGGGAAGAACACCAUGAUGCGGUCCCAUGGCGUGUCUGUGCUAGGCAUCUUCAACCUGGAGAAGGACGACAUGCUCUACAUCCUGGUUGGGCAGCAGGGCGAGGACGCCUGCCCCAGCACAAACCAGUUAAUUCAGAAAGUCUGCAUUGGCGAGAAUAACGUGAUAGAGGAAGAGAUCCGUGUGAACAGAAGCGUGCACGAGUGGGCAGGAGGAGGAGGAGGGGGCGGUGGAGCCACCUACGUGUUUAAGAUGAAGGAUGGCGUGCCCGUGCCCCUGAUCAUUGCGGCCGGCGGUGGCGGCAGGGCCUAUGGGGCCAAGACAGACACCUUCCACCCAGAGAGACUGGAAAAUAACUCCUCGGUCCUGGGGCUGAACGGCAACUCCGGAGCCGCAGGCGGCGGAGGUGGCUGGAAUGAUAACACUUCCUUGCUCUGGGCUGGAAAGUCUUUGCUGGAGGGAGCCACCGGAGGACAUUCCUGCCCCCAGGCCAUGAAGAAGUGGGGGUGGGAGACAAGAGGGGGUUUCGGAGGGGGUGGAGGGGGGUGCUCCUCCGGUGGAGGAGGCGGAGGAUACAUAGGCGGCAACGCAGCCUCAAACAAUGACCCUGAGAUGGAUGGGGAAGAUGGGAUUUCAUUUAUCAGUCCACUGGGCAUCCUGUACACCCCAGCUUUGAAAGUGAUGGAGGGCCAUGGGGAAGUGAAUAUUAAACAUUACCUAAACUGCAGUCACUGUGAGGUAGACGAAUGUCACAUGGACCCGGAGACCCACAAGGUCAUCUGCUUCUGUGACCACGGAACGGUGCUGGCCCAGGACGGCGUCUCCUGUGUUGUGUCACCCACUGCGGAGCCCCACCUGCCGCUGUCGCUGAUCCUCUCUGUGGUCACCUCUGCCCUAGUGGCCGCCCUGGUCCUGGCUUUCUCAGGCAUCAUGGUCGUGUACCGCCGGAAGCACCAGGAGCUGCAGGCCAUGCAGAUGGAACUGCAGAGCCCCGAGUACAAGCUGAGCAAGCUCCGAACCGCGACCAUCAUGACCGACUACAACCCCAACUACUGCUUCGCCGGCAAGACCUCCUCCAUCAGCGACCUGAAGGAGGUGCCCCGGAAGAACAUCACCCUCAUUCGGGGCCUGGGCCACGGCGCGUUUGGGGAGGUGUACGAAGGCCAGGUGUCCGGAAUGCCCAACGACCCGAGCCCCCUGCAGGUGGCUGUGAAGACCCUGCCUGAGGUGUGUUCAGAACAGGACGAGCUGGAUUUCCUCAUGGAGGCCCUGAUCAUCAGCAAAUUCAACCACCAGAACAUCGUGCGCUGCAUCGGCGUCAGUCUUCAGGCCCUGCCCCGGUUCAUCCUGCUGGAGCUCAUGGCGGGAGGAGACCUCAAGUCCUUCCUGCGGGAGACCCGCCCUCGCCCGAAUCAGCCCUCCUCCCUGGCCAUGCUGGACCUGCUGCACGUGGCUCGGGACAUUGCCUGCGGCUGUCAGUAUCUAGAGGAAAACCAUUUCAUCCACCGGGACAUUGCUGCCAGGAACUGCCUCUUGACCUGUCCAGGCACGGGAAGAGUGGCCAAGAUCGGAGACUUUGGAAUGGCCCGAGACAUCUACAGAGCGAGCUACUACAGGAAGGGAGGCUGUGCAAUGCUGCCAGUUAAGUGGAUGCCCCCGGAGGCCUUCAUGGAGGGAAUAUUUACCUCCAAAACAGACACGUGGUCCUUCGGAGUGCUGCUCUGGGAAAUAUUCUCUCUCGGAUACAUGCCGUACCCCAGCAAAAGCAACCAGGAGGUCCUGGAGUUCGUCACCAGCGGAGGCCGGAUGGACCCGCCCAAGAACUGCCCGGGGCCUGUAUACCGGAUAAUGACUCAGUGCUGGCAACAUCAACCAGAAGACAGGCCCAACUUCGCCAUAAUAUUGGAGAGGAUUGAAUAUUGCACCCAGGACCCAGACGUCAUCAACACUGCCCUGCCCAUAGAAUAUGGGCCCCUGGUGGAAGAGGAGGAAAAGGUGCCCAUGCGGCCCAAGGACCCCGAGGGGGUCCCUCCGCUGCUGGUGGCUCCAGCGCAGGCCAAGCGGGAGGAGGCGCCCGUCGCAGCCGCGCCCGCCGCCCUGCCCGCCGCUUCGUCUGGCAAAGCCGUGAAGAAGCCCGAAGCCGCCGCCCAGGCCCCCGCGCGCGCCCGCCGAGGCCCCGCCGUGGGAGGGGGACACGUGAACGUGGCCUUUGCGCAGUCCAACCCGCCAUCGGAGAUGCACAAGGGCCAGGGGUCCAGAAACAAGCCGACCAGCCUAUGGAACCCGACGUACGGCUCGUGGUUCACGGAGAAACCCGCCAGAAAGAACAAUGCCCCGGCCAAGAAGGAGCCCCUCGACACCAGGGGGCACGUGGGGCGCGCGGCCGGCUGUACUGUCCCGCCCGGGGUGGCGCCCGGCCGCCUGGCGGGGGCCUCGCUGCUGCUCGAGCCGUCGGCGCUCACCGCCGGCAUGAAGGAGGUGCCGCUGUUCCGGCUGCGCCACUUCCCCUGUGGGAACGUCAACUACGGUUACCAGCAGCAGGGCCUGCCCCUGGAGGCCACGGCGGCCCCUGGCGCCGGCCAUUACGAGGACACCAUCCUGAAAACCAAGGGCAGCGGCAAGCAGCCCGGGCCCUGAGCGCGCCGCGCGCCCCUGCGCGCUCUCCCUCCCUCGGGCGCCCCCACGCCCGUGGAGCGGCGAGGGGGGCGCGCAGCUCCUCCACCCAAAGACCGGACGUCACUUUUCAUCUCGUGCCAACUUGUUCUGAAGUGCCACAUCAAAAGCUGUACUUUCCAAAUGCUUAAGAAAGGUUUUUGCGCAUGGGCCCGUCUCCUAUCCAUUCCGAAGAAGAAAACAGAAACACGAGGCCCCGGAUUGGGUUGCCUGAGGCUUCCAUGCAUGGUUGUUGUACACUCCCUUCCGCCUCUUCCAAACUGUGUGUGCUCAGCUUCACUGUAGUCCCACUUAGCUCUUCUGUGUCCCAUAGUUGGAGUCCUAGAUGUUUCCUUCCCUGGGUGAUGCGGACGUGAGCCAUUGGAGGGGAGAGGGAACAGAAAUAAAGGAGUUAUUCCGAAUGGUUCAGCAUGGGGAAAGACAUUCUUUACUUGGGAAAGGAAAAACCGUAGGCAGCGGAGCGCCCCCUGCUGGUGACGGUUAGAUGCUGCCCUUGGCGCAGGUUCUAACGUCGUCGUAAAUAGUCCCGGUCGUGGUAGACAGAACAUAUAGGUGUGUAUAUUCCAUGCCCAGUGCUGUGGCUACAAAACAUCAGUGUAGAUCCAGAUUCCAGCAUCUUAAUAAUAUACCUCAUGCCUUAAGAGAAUCCUCCUGCUAAAAGUGAAAAGCUCAGUGUGAGGUUGAAUCUCAAUUCAGGUAAGGCCUGAUCUUAAAACUUGCCACUGAUGGUACUAAACUCAAUCCAUUUCAAAACAACAAAACUUUUAAGCAGCAGUGCUGAGGUCAGGUAGACAGCACAGAACACUCUCUGUUUGUGGACAUAAGCGGUGGCUCGUCCUAAGCCAGAACCUUGCCAACAGUGUCAGUCCUGGAGCCUACAGAACUGGAGCAACCAUCUGAAAGGUCUCUGGGGACCACAGACUCCAGUGCUCCUCAGGCGAGGCUCAAGUGCAGGCUCCUCCUUCCACCGUUCACCUGAGGUUUCGCUCCCUUGAUCCUGGGAUCCCGCCAUGCCCCGGGGGGGACAGGUCUGCUGAAACGGUCACAGUAUCACUGGUAGGCUAUGGUGCACACACAAUGAAGAGGUUUUCCUCUAGGUGGCAAUGCAGCGGGAAACCCAGGACAGCGUGGAGAGUCCAGGUGGACUGAUGUGUCACAGUGGGAGUGCCGAGCUCGGUUUUCCCCGAUGAAAUGUCUUCCACCUAACAAAGUCAGGAAUCGGUCAGAUUUCACACACGCAUGUUUAGGCAAUGCUGUUCUGCUGGCACGUUUCCACUUGGUUCUCUCUUUCUGCGUCUCCACUGUUCUCAUGGCCCGUUUCUUUCCUGGUGGUCGCCGUGCCAAGGUGUCUUUCUCUUUAGGAGAAAGCAUUUCUAGCGCUCACUAGGUAUUAAGCGUUCCCAAACGAAAGGGCUGUGUGCACAUGCGACACGUGUGUGUGUCUGCCCAACUUCUCAGUUCCACCUCGGUCCACAGCAUCACUUUGAAGGAAGGAGAGCCACUACGUUGUAAGCCGGCUCUAGACAGUGGUUCAUUUCUCCGAGGCGGUUGCCUUAUGCUAGAGUUGGAAGUUCUGUGCACCUGUAGAUGGCCUGGUACCCUGGGGACUGCGUUUCUUUAUGUCCUUGAUGGCCAGCAGUGCUCUCAUCAGACACAUAGGCAGAGAUGUUUCUUCAGUGAACUGAUCUCUGAAUAGCCAUCCCAGUAUUGCCCUAGUUACACAAGCACUAUUCCAACUCCCGAACCACCAAGGGACUCGAGUCUCCCUGUGGGACGCACUCCCCUAAAGGAUGCAGACAGAGGAGCUGUGACGACACUCUCAUCUUUGUCACAUUGGUAACCAGUUAAGCAGGGAGCAUGGAACACGGUUAAAUGGCCAACUCUUUAUUGUCAUUCACAGAGAGAAAUCUAACCCCUUUCCAUUAAAAAAAAAAAAAAAAACUACAAAUCCAUUACAUUUUCAGGUUGUGCCUUACUAUCACUAAGAUUGGUUUGUCGAUAUUCUCCAAUUGUCUUUACUGGUAUCAAUUUUCAUGUAAAUGAUAGUCAAAUCAUAAAAGCCUGUAUCCAUGGAUAAGUAAAUAAACAACUCCACA